AUGCCUUAUCAGACGCUGGCAGAUAUUGAGAACGACGUCCUCGAUGCUGCUGCUACAGCAUUGUUCAUCGCGGAUCUACUCGGACGUGACACAGAGGCCGACGAUGAUGAUGACGACACAGAGACAAGCUCACAAGAAGGGCAAUCAGAGAGUGGUUCAGACUCCGAAGAUGGUGGGGAGCUUGAGCAGAUGCUCGUGGAUAGCAGACAGCAGACCGAGACUGCAUUGACUUUGUUUGGAGCAAUGUUGGUCGAUGAGGCUGCCAGUUUACGUGGGGAUGGUACCCGUGGACCCUACUUUCGUAUGCUGACAACAAACGACUGGUUUGUACGAGCUCUGGAUCUUCCCGAUCGACAAUUUCGAUCGGUAUUUCGGAUUAGUCGCCCCACAUUUGACACAUUCUGCACGAUACUUGGCCCUAAUCCAAUCUUCCAUUCAACUGGUCGAAAGCCGCAGCGUGAUAUCAGCUGGCAACUUGGCGCAUUCCUGAUCAGAUAUGGCCAACUAGGCUCUUCUGUGCAGGAUACAGCUCUGAAACUAGGAGUUGGCUAUGGGACCGUCUUGUCAUAUUGCCGCCGAGUAAUCCGAGCAAUUCGGAUGCUGAAAUCAAAGUAUGCUAGCUGGCUUUCGGAGGAAGAGCAACAGUGCUCAAUUGAUGUCAUUCGUCAACGGACUGGGUUUACAGACUGUGUUGGGAGUGGUGAUGGAUCCUUAGUCCAAUCGUCUGAGCAACCACUAUGGAUGGGUUCUGCGUAUCUCAGCCGCAAAGGUUUUAUGGCGUACUCUGUUUUUGCCAUUGUGGACAGCUUUGCCGCCUGGGAUCUUGGUUGGCCAGGAAGUGUGACAGAUGCUCGUGUAUUCAAGAAUUCACAUUUUUGGCGCUUCCGACACCAAUAUCUGCAGUUUGGACACCGAAUUCUGGUUGACAAGGGAUAUGCCUCAACGCCCUUUACGAUCCGCCCAUUUAGCGAGCCUGAACUAGCCAGCGCAUCUGCUGCUGAUCGUCACCGCAUGAAGAACUUCAACUACCUGCUAUCGACUCAACGUAUAACAGUCGAGCAUGCAUUUGGUUGUCUCAAGCUACGGUUUCGCAGUAUGCAGAUGAUGGGGGGACACAAACAGGUACAGAACGUUUGGCGUGCAAUUGAAGCCAUGAUGAUAAUGCAUAAUAUGUGCCUAAUCCAUGAUGAUCAUCCAAAUCGGUUCAAGGAAUAUACACCAGGAAUGGGUGACCAACUUGCAAUUGAUACGGCUGGCAAUGAUGCUGAUAUUCCAGAGGAAGCGGAACCAGGUUUUAUUAUGCCAAAUGUACCGGCAUAUAACAGCAGCAUGGCUAAAGGCUGA